AUGGAGAAAUACGUCGAGGGAUUGUGGGCACGAGUACGCGUGCGCUGCAUGCUUGCGCAUAUAAGUUCGUACUUGAUACUUCUCUAUGUAUGUGCAAACUACAGUUUGUGGUCUUCCAGAAGGGUAUAUGCUAUCUGUAAUCCAUUUGAAAUGAGCACCGGAUUUGUAACCGCUUCGGGAAAAGGCGUAACGGUAAGUGAGAAGGCACUUCAGAAAGCACGUCAGCUGUUCGAACUCCUCGACGACAGUAACGAUGACAGCUCAAUUCGAACCGCUGCUGGAAACAUUGACAGUGCUCGCUGCAGCAGCAUGGAAAGUGGCGCAGCGCGACGAAAUUCCAGGCAGGUAUCAUCAACAUUCAAAUCUCCUCUAAUCAAGAACCCACGUCUUGACAACGUUAGUUAUAGCAGCAGUUUUAAUUCUGCAAUCAAGGAAAUUGCAGCAAUAUCUGAACAGUCAAUUCCUACAACACCGAAAAAUUCUCUCUGCAGUAAAAUCGGAAAUGUUACACCGAUCAAGUUAUUGACACCAUAUUGCAAGAACUGGCGGUUGUGCAUCAAAGUUACGUCUGUUGAUGAGAUAAGAUGUAUUCGAGGUCAGCAUAUAUUCUCAUUUCUAGCGGUGGAUGAUGGUGGUGUUGAAAUUCGUGUUUCUGCUUUCGGUGACAUUGCAUGCAGAACCGCUACUCUGAUAUGUCCGGAACAGAUGUAUUAUAUUACACGCGCAUCGGUGAAAAUGGCAAACAGGAGAUAUAGCCGUAAUGAGCAUGAUAUGGAAGUUGUGCUUCGACCAGAUAGUGAGGUCACAAAAUGCACGGAUCGACCUUACAUUUUGUCGCCGAAAGUGAAUUUUGAGUUUGUGCGCAUUCACAAUUUGCAAAAUUUUAUCGACACAGAAAUAGAAGAACUGCAAAAAAGGGAAAUACAGGUCGUUGAUGAUAGCGGUUACUACGUUGCUAUAAAUCUGUGGGGACAAAAGGCAAAAAUGUUCCCAAACGAGCAAUAUCAACACGUGCUGGCUGUCAAGAGGUUACUUGUGCGUUGUUUUCAAGGGACGAUAUCUUUAGUUUCAUUGGCCUCCAGUAAACUGUUACACGACCCACACUUCCCGGAAGCCGAUGCGCUUCGAUUUUGGUACAGUGAAAACAGGAAGAGUUUCAAACCUGCAUCAAUGAAUCAAGUUUCAUCAUUUCACGAACACAAAUGGAUCAAGCAAUUAAAACCCUCGCUGGAUGGUCAUUUUUUCAACUUGACUGCAAUGAUUUCUUCUAUUUUUACAGAAAAUGCUGUUUACAAGGGUUGUCCAACUUGUAAGAAAAAGUUAUUGGUCGAAAAGGAUAAUGAUCUGUACAUAUGUUCAAAAUGUGGUAUAUGCAACGAGUAUAAAUAUUAUUACACUUUACAUAUGGAACUAUUUGAUUUUACGGGAACUGUUCAUGUAACUGCAUUUGAUGACUGUGCACAGAAAUUGAUAGGGGAACAGGCGGAUGAAGUUGCUAAAUUCCUGAAAUUUGACAGUGAGCGGUAUCAAUCGUCAUUCAAAAGUGUGCUUUUCAAACCGUAUAUGUUUCGACUCGGUGCACAAAAAAGUGGAAAUGCUGACUAUUCCACAAUUUCAACUAAAACAAAACAAAUUUACUUUUGGUCGAUGAAGGAUUUGAUUCCCAUGCCUUUCGAUAAUUAUUGUACAUUUUUACAGCGUGCCAUUGAACAUGCCAAUACUGGAAUAUCUGUAGAAAAAUGA